CCUAGUCUUAACAUACCAUCAUCUGAAGGAUAUGCUAAUUGUGUGUUAUUCGAAGACUUCAUUAUUGUGAUAACUUAUUAUUUCUCUAUUAGGGAUAUUCUUUUGAAUUUGAAUUUGCUUCGAAGUGUCAACUUUGGUUGCUUCUCAUUGUAUUGCUUCUCCCAUUCUUUUGUAUACGUAUUGCUUUCAAGGCAACUAAUGCCCGUUUCAUUCUUAAUAAAGUAUGCUUAGUAAACUUAUAAUUUAUUUUUUGCUAAACUCAGAAUUUCGAAUACCGUCUGACCAACUAAUGAAACGCUGCUACUUUUCAUCUUUUUUUCAGUCAUAAUAAAUCCUUCCAAAAAGAUACAGUAAGUUAAAAAACGCAGACAUGUAGUUAUCGUGAAGCCAGACGACAAGGCGAAUAAAAAGCAAGUGGUGACUCAGCAACUCAGCUUAUAAAUAUCGGCGCUCCGUGAGCUAACAGCUAAGUAGUAACAAAUCAUUACAUCGUGUCCGACUGCGACACCGGUUUAAUAAUUUUGAAAGCAAACCACACUAAAAUUAUUGGGAUAUUAUUGUUUAAAAGGGCCUGGAAUAAAAAAAAGGAAAACAGAGGUGCAAAACGUACCUGACGGAGACCUUUUAAGAUAUUUUAAGCGUAUUGCGCGUGUUUUUGGCCGUUUCAUAUUCGCUUGAUCUAUGACGUACAGCGAUGGCGCCGAUAAGGCGGUGCCUGAGCUGAAACUGAGCAUCGAGGAUCCCGAGAAUGGAGAUUAUGUGAAAUUAAGAGGAGGAUCUGAUGAAGAAGAGGAAGAAUCUCCGGCGGGAUGUUGGAUAGGGUCGGUGACGUCAGUGUGUUUCUGGGUUAAAUUGAUCUCCCUCGUCGCUUUUUUGGGUUUAUUGGCAUUUUUAAUUAUCAAAUGGAUUGCUCCUUUUUUAAUCGAAAAGGAAUUGAUUCCAUUUAUAAAGUGGGUGAGAAGCACAUUCAGCAUCCCGGUGCUCGGUCUUCUCCUCUUUGCCUCAGUUGCUUUGUUCCCAAGCAUUCUUCUUCCUUCCUCUCCUUCCAUGUGGAUGGCUGGUCUCACCUUUGGUUAUGGAAACGGGUUUCUGUUGAUUCUCUCAGCUGCAUCUAUCGGUGUUACUCUUCCUUUCUUAAUCGGACAUCUCUUCCUCCACAAGAUGCAAGAAUGGUUGAAGCAGUACCCGAAAAAAGCAGCCAUACUUCGAGCCGCAGGUGAAGGAACAUGGUUUCAUCAGUUUCAAGCAGUCACGUUGAUCCGUGUCUCUCCGUUUCCUUACAUGGUUUACAACUACUGCGCGUUGGCCAGUGGAGUUCACUACGGCCCUUACAUCUUAGGCUCUCUUGUUGGAAUGGUUCCUGAGAUCUUUGUCUCAAUCUACACGGGAAUAAUGCUUAGAACACUAGCUGUUGCAUCAGACAAGAGACACGGUCUUUCGGCCGUGGAGAUAGUAGUGAAUGUUCUUGGCUUUUGUGUAACUGCAAGCGCGACUAUAGUCUGCACAAUCUAUGCCAAGAAGAAGCUUAGUGCGAUGCAAUCAGAGGAAGUAGAGACAUGCUAA